AUGGCCACAGAAGACGUGGUCCACGCCGACCCGAACGAUGUUGGUUUGUACGAGAUUGAGUCACUCUGCAUGAGUUGCGAAGAGAAUGGCAUGACUCGCAUACUACCCAUCAAGAUCCCAUUCUUCAAAGACAUCCUCCUCGAAUCCUUUAGCUGCGAGCACUGCGGCUUCUCCAAUAACACAGUCAAGAGCGCGGGCGAAAUACAAGCAAAAGGCUCAAGAUACACCUUCAAGCUACAACAACCAGCAGACUUUCAACGGCAGAUUGUGCGCAACGACACAGGCAUCUUCCGAAUAGAGAACAUCGACCUCGAAAUGCCGCCAGGCCCCGGACAAUUCACCAACCUAGAGGGCCUCUUCACCAAAAUCCAGACAGACCUCCAACACGACCAGCCCAUACGGCUCGCAACACAAAAAGAACUCCACGACGCCCUCGAAGUAAUAAUAGACAAACUCAAAGCCAUGCUCGCCGGUACAGCCUUUCCCAUAACCGUCACUAUCGACGAUCCCUCAGGCAAUUCUUUUAUUGCCCCCUCUACCGACGACACGCACGGCCAAUACGCGCGCCACGACUACAUCCGCACGCACGCCCAAAAUAUCCAACUCGGGCUCGCCACCGACGACGACAACGGCGAAGCCGACCAGAUCACCGACGCCAUGGCCGGUGUCAACGUCGUCGACGCCGAAAUCUACGAACUCCCCACCACCUGCCCCGCCUGCACGAAACCCUGUACCAUUAACGCGAAACGCACCAACAUCCCACACUUCAAAGAAGUCAUCAUCAUGGCCACCGUCUGCGACGAAUGCGGCUAUCGCACUUCCGACGUCAAGACCGGCGGCGCAGUUCCGGAGAAGGGCAAGCGCAUCACCCUGCAAGUCCGCACACUUGUCGACCUCUCCCGCGACAUCCUCAAAUCCGAGACUGCGGCGCUCAAAUCCACCGCGCUGGGGCUGGAAGUGCAGCCUGGCACACUAGGCGGACGCUUCACCACCGUCGAGGGCCUCCUGGCGCAGGUCCGCGAGCAGCUGCACGGGCAGAUCUUCGACACAGAUGGCGACCUGGCUGGCGGCGAUUCGAUGGCCUCAGAGACGCGACAGCAGUGGGAUGGCUUUUUCGACAAGUUAGAUCGUGCUAUGAAAGCGGAGGUUGAGUUCGAUGUCACGUUGGAGGACCCUUUGGCGAAUAGUUUUGUGCAGAAGAAUGUUGACGGGGAUGAGAAGGAUCCACAGAUACAGGUGGAGGAGUAUGAGCGGACGGACGAGGAAAAUGAGGAGUUGGGCCUAAACGAUAUGAACGUGGAGGGUUACGAGAGUGGGCAUGAGAGGGAGCAGGUAGAGGAACGGGAAGCAGAGAGGGAGAGGGAAGCAGAGGCGGCAUCGACGAAUGGUCAUGCCGAAGACGAUGCGGCGGCGACAGCAACGACAACGGCUGAUGGUCGAGCAUAG